CAACUAAAAGAACUGUCAAAUCAUUAUUCUAAGUUUCUAACCAAACCAACUAACUCCAUGAUGCGUUUGAAAUGUUGCUGUUAGAGAGUUAGCAUGCAACCAUCAUCACCAUGCCAUUACAACACACACUCUCUCUUCGUACUUCUCUCUGUAUCCAACCAAAGCGACAAACAAACACAAAACAAUAAGACAGCCUCCGAACGAACGGUUACAUUACACCUUUCUCCUCUCUCUCUCUCCUUUUUCUUUCUCUUACGUUAGAACGAACACCAAAAAGAGAUGCACCCAUUGGGACCCGCGAAUGUCUCACGACCGUUCGCGACAUCCUCGAAAAUCCUCCGCAGAUCUCGCAACUCGGUAGAUAGAGAUAGAGAGAGAGAAAAAAAAGGAUUGUUGGAUUGUGUCAUUUUUGGAAGCGAGAGAGAGAGAGAGAGAAAAACGCAGAAACGAAGGAGCGAGGGAAGAGCAACAAAGUCACCAUCUUUCCCUCUUUCUCAAUGCUUAUGUUUCUGGGUUUCGCUCCGUUUUCUCUCUGACAGCUUCGUUUUCCUCGGAGCCGGUGCUCGCGACCCGUUUCCGCCGCUAAAAUGGGUUGCGCGAGCUCGAAGAAGACGGUUGCCGGAGCCGGCGGCUCUACCCCGGAGGGGCCAUGCAUGGUGCGUUCGAGUUCGCGAAGACAGGGCAAUAAUGGGUCGGGGCGGAACCGAAAAGGUGUCGCGGCGGAGGCGCGUGAGGGGGAGGCGCGUGAGUGGAGCAAGGGGAGCUUGAGAGGGGGGACUGGGUCGGUGUCUUUAAGGUUGUCGUGUAGGUUUGUGGAGGCUGAGCAGAAUGCGGCUGGGUGGCCACCUUGGCUUACUUCUGUUGCUGGGGAAGCCAUUCAAGGGUGGGUCCCACUCAAAACAGAUUCUUUUGAGAGAUUGGAUAAGAUUGGACAAGGUACAUAUAGCAGUGUAUUCCAAGCACGCGAAGUUGAAACUGGAAGGAUGGUUGCCCUGAAGAAGGUGCGCUUUGACAAACUUCAAGCUGAAAGCAUUAGGUUCAUGGCAAGAGAAAUACUAAUUCUCCGCACACUGGACCACCCAAACAUCAUGAAAUUGGAAGGUAUAAUCACUUCACAACUAUCAAAUAGCAUAUACCUUGUAUUUGAAUACAUGGAGCAUGACCUUGCUGGUCUAGUAGCUUCUCCUGACAUAAAGUUCACGGACUCACAGAUUAAGUGUUACAUGAGGCAGCUAUUAAGUGGAAUUGAGCAUUGUCACCUUAAAGGUAUUAUGCAUCGAGACAUUAAAGUAUCUAAUAUAUUAGUGAACAAUGAAGGUGUUCUCAAGAUAGCAGAUUUUGGAUUAGCCAAUACCCUUAGUCCAAAUAGUAAGCAACCCUUAACAAGUCGUGUGGUGACUCUAUGGUAUCGUCCUCCUGAGCUCUUGUUGGGAUCGACGAGUUAUGGAGUUUCAGUGGAUCUAUGGAGUGUUGGCUGUGUAUUUGCUGAACUUUUUCUAGGGAAGCCCAUCCUUAAGGGGAGAACUGAGGUUGAACAAUUGCACAAAAUUUUCAAGCUUUGUGGUUCUCCACCUGAGGAGUUCUGGAAAAAGAAUAAGCUUCCUCUGGCCACAAUGUUUAAGCCUAAGGCUAAUUACGAAACCUCUCUUCAGGAGAGGUGUAGAGGCUUUCCUGCAACUGCUGUAAACCUACUAGAGACUUUACUUUCCAUUGAUCCUUCCAAGCGCAGGACUGCCUCCUCUGCUCUCAUGUCCGAGUAUUUCAGCACCAAGCCAUAUGCUUGUAAUCCGUCACACCUGCCAAAGUAUCCACCAAGCAAAGAAAUGGAUGCCAAAAAUCGGGAAGAAGUGCGCAGGAAAAAGAAUGGAGGUAAAGUGAGAGAGGCUGUGACAUCAAAAAGGCAAAGACAAGUCCACAAAGUUUCCCAUGACCAUAUCAAUUUCAACCAACCAGCUUUGAAAGAGGAAAUGCAGAAUGUUUCUCAAAAUCCUGGUACAAAUGAUGGUAGGGCAUAUGUUACAAAAGGAAAAGUAGCAGGAGCUAUGCAUAAAGAGCAACCAAAGCCUUCAUAUGAUGCAAAGUCAGAGGCUGCCCAAGUGGUGAAUGGUUGCAAUGGAUACAGUGUAUACUCAGGACCGGCACCAAUCUCGGGAUCUAGUGGCUUUACAUGGGCUAAAAGGAGAAAACCAAAAGCUUCAUCCAUAUUGUCAGAUGGCUCAAGAAGCAAAGUCAGUGCUCUGGAUCCAACCUUUGCAAAAGGUACAUAUGAUUUAACAGAACAUGGGAUAGAAGUUUCAGAAAGGAAACAUAGUUAUAACACAAGCCAUCGGGAUGAGACUUCCAGCUAUGUAUCAAAAAAGUACCAGGCUCCUCUCGUUCAACAAAAAUCAUUCGAUGUAGCUGAUACAUACAACUCAAAUUAUUACAUGGACUUUGAUUUCACAGAUAAAAUGGAUGCUUUGAUAGACACUCAGGGCCACAGAAAACAUGAUGAGCCAGUGGAGCAAUCAGUACCGAAUAUGAUCCCAUCAAAUAAAAAUGAGGAGUUGUUGCAUUGGAAUGAAAAUGAUAUGCGACAAUCUCUUCGUAAAUCAAGGUUGGGAAGAGAACACUCUCAAGAAUGAAGGGUUUCAGAUACCGAGCAAGGCCAGAGGAUAUGGGCAACCUCUCCAACUCUUCCUCAAUGUAAGAGUCACAAGUGACCUCGCAAAUGGAGAGGAAAAAUGGAAGCUUGAAGUUGAAAGGGAACUUUGGUGACACCAUAUACUCAUCCUCCAUUGUGAGUUUUCUGCACCCUCUUGUUGGCUCCACAUACAACUUGUAGCAUUCUUGGACUUGUAACUCUGUGCUGAUUAGCCUCACCUCAGCGGUUGGUGAUGUUUGUGGUUGUGCUGUUACCACACUCAUGAUGUGGGUGUAGUUGGUGCUGGGUAUUUCCAGAUUUGAAGUGGAAAGAAAGAGCAAGACACUUGUGUGUUGGGGUGGAAGUGGAAAACAACAUUGUUGGAUUGUUUUGUUGAUAACUUGGAAGGAUGGAGAUUGGAAUUCAGGGGUACUCAGGACAACAUCGUAUGAACACUCUUGAUUUUAAUGUUGAAGAAGUGCUCUUGAAUUGAAGUGGAAGACAACAACAUUCCAAUGGUUAGUGUUGUGAGCUGCACAAGUACUUAUUACUUUCCCCUUUACUCCCACGGUAGUACCUUUUUAGUUAUGUUAUUAGCGUGUAGUAGUAUUUGACUAAUUUCUGUAAUAUAUAUU